AUGCCUGACGCCGUGCCCGUCCGACCCUGGCCGCACCCGCGCCGUGAAGCCCUCGCCCCGCCACGUGCAUCACCGCCUGCACGCGCGCACGCGCACCGCCCUGACGCCCGUUUGCUCCCGCACACCCCGUCAGCCGUGGCCGGCACGUCCCCGGCCACCUCCGCUCGCGACCGCCGUGCCCCCUGCUACUCCCCGGCGCCCUCGCCCCGCUCCCUUGCUGCUUCUGCACUGGCUCGCUGCCUCCCCCAGCGCACGCGUCCGCGCCGCGCCUCCCGCUCGUCCCUACAGCAACCACUGCCCGUUGUAGCGCCGCCGACGUGCCCCCCGCCUUCACCUGCUGCCGAGCCGCACGAGCUCCGCCCAGCGCUUUCGCGGCUCGCCCCCCUCUUGCGCCAACCCCUGCCCCGCAUCCGCCCACCGCACCGCCCGCGCUGA